CUUCGUGAACUUCCAGUUGGUUCUAUCGGUCAUCUGUUAGGCCCUCUUUGGCAGACAUUUUAUCCCAUUAAAACUGACAAAAAGCUUAAAGCCAAAUGUAUUUUUUGUAAUCCCACUAAAUUUAUAUUUAGUUCUAUGCAAGUAAUGGGUUCACAUAUCAAAAAAUGUAUAGAUAUUCAUGGUUCAUGGGAUUCACAAUCUGAAAUAUCAACCAUGCCUUCUAUGUCGAUUUCAAACUGUGGUGGUAGUAAUUAA